CCAGACGGGUUUUACAGUCUUUAGAGUAACUUGACGCAAUUACUUCCCUUUAAUGAAACCCCGCCAUUUGUAACAUAGAUAAAACGUAAAUUUUGAAUUUCGUUCAAAGAUCAAUCCUCUCAAUCAGAUUGAGAAAGGAUACAUGAUUUUUUCGACACAAUGGGAAAAGAAAAAGGUGGGUUUUUGACCCCAAAAGCAAUUGCAAACAGAAUAAAAGCAAAGGGGCUACAGAAGUUGAGAUGGUACUGUCAGAUGUGUCAAAAACAGUGCAGAGAUGAAAAUGGCUUCAAGUGUCACAUGAUGUCAGAAUCUCACCAGCGACAGCUGUUGCUGUUUGCAGAAAAUCCUGACGAAUAUGUCGACACAUUUUCAAAAGAUUUUAGAGAUGGGUACCUAGAGCUGUUGCGACGGAGGUUUGGAACAAAGAGAGUACAGUGCAACAUUGUUUACCAGGAAUACAUCUCAGAACGAGACCACACUCACAUGAACUCCACACAAUGGGAGACAUUGACAGACUUUAUCAAGUGGCUUGGAAAAGAAGGUUUAUGUGAUGUAGAUUACACAGAGAAGGGUUGGUUUGUCAAAUAUAUAGACAGAGAUCCAGAGACCAUUCGUAAACUGGAGCAAAAUAAAGUCAAAGAGCGAAUGGACAUGGAUGACAAUGAGAGGAUGGCAAAGCUGAUACAGGAACAGGUAGAGAGAGGUGCUAAAGCUGAAAAGAAUUUAAAGGAAUCAGAAUAUACUGAGCUGAAAAGGGAAAAUGAAGAUGAAAAAGUGGUAGUGUCACUUGGAGCAGCUAAAAAGGUGGAGACUGUUAAACCACUACCAGUAGAGAACCCUUUCAAAAAGCCUUUCUCUAAAGACGAAAAAGGAACUUCUACAGAUAAACCUAGUACCAGCCAAAAAGACAGUAAACAGUCAAAAGCUGGAGACAAGAGAAAAUCUGCUCUCGAUGAAAUAAUGGAGUUUGAGGAACAAAAGAAAGAAAAAAUGAACAGAAAGGACUAUUGGUUACAUGAAGAUAUUAUUGUGAAAGUUAUAUCUAAAAAGCUUGGUGAUAAAUAUUACAAGCAGAAAGCUUAUGUAAAGAAAGUGGAGGACCUUUAUGGAGGAAUCAUUAAGAUGCUAGACUCUGGAGAUAAAGUGAAGGUAGACCAGUCACAUCUAGAGACAGUCAUACCUGCAACAGGUAAGACAGUGUUGAUUGUAAAUGGUGCCUACAGAGGCCAGGCAGCUAAAUUGGAGAGCAUCAAUGAGAAAAAGUUCAGCUGUACAGUUUCAUUAAGUUCAGGGCCCUUGAAAGGCAGACUUCUGGAGAACAUACCCUAUGAGGACAUAUGCAAAAUUUACCAGCCAUCAUGACAUAUGCUACAUGUAUAUAUUAUUCUGCUAGAGACAAAGUGUUGAAAGACCUGAACUGAUAAAAGAUAGCCAUUGUGAAGAGGCUUACAAAUUCAAACUAAUACAAAAUAAAUAAAAAUAUUCUUUUGAGUACUUUAUGUUUAUUUGGGUAAUGAUUAUACAUUGAUCUGUCUUGCCCAUUUAUCUGUAUUUCCAUCUGACAAAUGUAAGUAUAAGAAAAUAAGAAACUGUGCAGACAUCUGCAACUUGAAGGAAUCGUAUAUUUUUAUAUAAGUAAUCCAAAUUUUUUGUAAGAUAUUGUUUGAGUUAAUAUCAGUUCCAUGAUUCUGUUCACAGUAAUAAAUAUUAUAUAUUUAAAAGCUGGAAGAAUUUGCAAAAUAUGUAAUCUAAAUAUUGUGCUUGUGACUUGAUCAACACCAUUGGCUGAAACAUUGUCACAGAGAAUAUAAUGAAAAAGUCACAGAGAAUAUAAUGAAAAAGUUUUUAAAAAGUGUUUUCAAUUUUUAAACUUCGUUUCAGAUUAGGUGGUUGUUUUGUGGUAUUCCAAGCCAAUUUACAACCACAGUACAUGUAUAGAUAUAUAUUGCAUCAUUAAAGGGAGGUAAUGUGAGUACAAAAUACUAGAAUAACCUGUUUGGUAACUAUGUCCAGCUUAGUAAGUUGUGAAAUAUAAUAAUUAGAUAACAGUAAAUUUGUAGGCAAUUCUGUAAGAUGAAGUAAACUUGUAUGUUUGUGUAAGUAAUAAAGUAUAUAAAAUCCUUUAUCAGAUUUUCGGAUUUUUUUGAGAUAAGGCUAGUGUUGCCUUAUAUCAUCAUUUGCCUGUUGAAUCAAAAACAAACAAAAAAGAGCUACAUGUAUUAUGUUGGACAUAAAAAUAAAUUAUGUAUUUUACAAA